UGCUGUGCACGAACUGAAACCGUAAAAACCCACGGCUUCCAACUCUCUGCCCUGCUCAAUUUCCCCAUCUGCAGCCGCUGCUGCUCGCGUCCUCCGCUCCCGUCGGAGCGAGCAAAUCGCCGGCUCGCCGCCGCGGCGGGAGCCAUCUCACCUUCGAUCAGGUUCUCGGGCAGUUUCGUUGCUGCGAGAGGCAGGAAGGGGGCAGCGGUUUGGAGCCUGGGUACCUUUACGCCUACUGGUGGUGGCUGGUAGGCGCCAUGAGCUUCGUGUUCCGGGGGACCAGGGCGGACAUCGAGGCCGGCGGCUUCCCGGGUUUUGCCCCGGAGCGCCGCUCCAUGCGAAUUCAUGCAGGGGGCAGGCCGGUGAAUAGCAAUUCCUUGGCUUUUCUUGUCACAGUUCUUAUUUUGUUCAUGGUACUGAACUCACACCAGAUGUCUCCCAAUUUUUUGCUUUGGCUUGUCUUGGGAGUCUUCCUAAUGGCCACCAGCCUUAGAAUGUAUGCCACAUGCCAGCAGCUCCAAACUCAGGCACAAGCUCAUGCUGCAGCUGCCAACGGUUUUCUUGGACACACUGAGUUGCGUGUGCAUGUCCCACCAAUCAUAGCCCUUGCUACAAGAGGCCGGUUGCAGAGCCUUAGGCUUCAACUGGCUCUUCUUGAUCGUGAAUUUGAUGAUUUAGAUUAUGAUGCUCUGAGGGCAUUGGAUGCUGACAAUAGCCCGCAUGCGCUUUCUAUGAGUGAAGAAGAGAUAAAUGCUCUUCCCGUCUUCAAGUACAAAGUUCAGGCACAGCAGGGAAGUGCCUCUUCCCGAAAAAGUGAUGGAUCAUCUCAGCUAUUGGCUUCCUUGAUUGGCUCUGGCGAUGAGAAAAAGCAGGAUGGUUUCAAGGCAGAUGGAACCAGCAAAACUCCAGAGGAUGAGCUGACAUGCAGUGUUUGCUUAGAGCAAGUCGUUGUGGGUGAUCUAUUGAGAAGCCUACCAUGCUUGCAUCAGUUUCAUGUAAACUGCAUUGAUCCAUGGCUGCGCCAACAGGGGACGUGCCCUGUCUGCAAGCACCAGGUGAGUGAUGGGUGGCAUGGUGCCAGCAACGGUGAAGAGGAUGCUUCGUACAUGGUGUAAGUAGCUGCCUAUGAGCAGGCCUUAUCUAAUACUAGCUACUAACGAAGACCCGUGGAAUGCUGGUUUGGGAGGUGGCCGUGAGACCUGAUCCCUUCAGAUCGGUUGGGGGAAUGGACUAGCUUCCCUGCCAUUCUAGGGAUGUGUUCUAAUCCCUGCCUGUCCUAACAAGCCGAGUAUGAUAUUAGCUGUUUAGUGUGCUGAGUUAUUGUACAACUAAUGUUCACUUCUCUGAUGUUUAUACAUCAAAAUGUUGAUGAUAAUUUUUCAUGGCCUUUA